UAGUUCUAACUUAGUUGUGUUAGUGUGCAUCGAUGGCAUAGUCAUAGUGUUUUGUGGUCGAGCUUAUCGAACAGGUGGUGUGUAUCGUGUGAAGAGGAUUUGGUCUGAUUAUGUGAUACACUCACCCGGCUGGAUGUUUCUUUGUUCAAGGAAAAGAUUGUUGUGAAUGCAACCGAAGUCCCGCCUUGGCUAGAUAAGGGGAAGACCAUCCUCAUUGAUAUGUGACCUUUUGGGUGAAACAAAAAAUAAAGUCUAGGUGGUUUAUGCUCAAAGUAGAUAAUAUCAUAUUGUUAAAUGUUGCAUGGUUUCUAGUCAGAUUGUGUUUCAUAUCUGUAAGUUGCUCAAUUGUUAUACUGAUGUGCGAAUAUCAAGUGCUUGAUUUCUAAUAUUCUAUUGAACAGAAACAUCUGCAUUCAUGUAUGCAGCACGGUGAAGAGAAGUCGAGCGUUUUUUGUAGUAGUAACAUCGAAUGGUUUGAUUUAGCAAAAACUGAAGAAAAUUUCUCGUUUUACCAGUUCGGUUAUAGCGCCUUUGAACUAGUUGGAAUGCUGCGUCGGUUCGUAGACUGUUGGCAAGUCGUCUGAAAGAUAAAGGGUUAGGCGAUGAAGCAGUGAUUUGAAUCCGACCUUCGAAAUGGAAAUCGUGCAAAAUAAGCACGUUGCUGAAGCAGAGAGUAGUUUUCCGAUGAAGCUCGCAGAUCAAGAAAAAUACAUCAGAAUAGACAACGAUAUCAUGACUCGUCGACUGAAGAAUCGAGAAAGGCAACGCAGAUAUAGAGCUCGGAAACGUUUAGAAGAAGAAAUAAAGAAGGCUUCAACCAUAAAACACCCUACUCAAACAGGAACAUAUUUUCAACCAAAUGGUGUUGCGAACAAUCCCUUGACUCGAGUUCAUUGUAGUCGAAAUUGGAAGAAGGAAGCAAGAAAUGCCAGUGUAUCAAGAGGGUUAGAAGAAGCCUCUUGUAAUAGUUCUAAUAUGGCUGCAAAAUCAUCAACCAGUGAGGGUCAAAUCCAGUGCCAGCCCUCUCAUCCCGAACCACAAUCAGAAACACGAUCACACUCAGAGCCACCUACCGAACAGCUCGUCUCAGAGACAGCGAAAAAGGUGCUCGGUCGAAGAAAUUGGAAAGCAGAUGCGAGAAAGAAGAAGAAUUAAAGAGCUGAGUUCGAGUUCGAGUUCGCAUUCCUAAAUUAUUGAUAACAUGUAUGACAUUAUUCUUAUGAUUUCGCUGUUGUAGUUGGGGCUUUUGCUGUGAUUUCGUAUCGUCUAGAACAAACAUUCAACCGAUGACGAUGACGAUGGCGUUGUAUGCAUAGAUUGGGUUGAGAAAGAAGGUAGAUCUCUCCCGGGUCGGGUUGAAGGCGAUCGGAAGUGUUUUCAAAUAUGUGUAAGUUUGGAGGUGUAGAUAUACAUGUUUAUUUAUCCCUGUUGAAUAUGGAUAUCCCUUAUAUUAAUGUCACACAGUUUGUUCAUUCUAA